CUUGAAUUCAAAUACAAACCACCGCAAAUCCCACCUCCAACCCACACUUUAUCUCCAGCUUCACUGCGCAUCUUCACAUUCAUCAAGGGGCGCUCAAGGUGAAGCAGAGCGGCUCGAAGAGCUGUUCCACCACAAUAGAAAGCUGAGGAGUAAUACCGGGGUAAAGUUACUGUGUACCACCAUUUGAGGUGGUCCAGAGGGUUAUCAAAUUUGCCAAAAAUAUACCCUACUCCUCCAAACAGAAAGAUGAAUACUAUCCGCCAAAUCCAAGAGCUCAACAAGCGCGAGCUUGAAUCCGCAGUCAGCACCGAAGGCUCCUGGCACGCCGACUACCGCGACACGGCCUACAUCUACAUCGGCGGGCUCCCGUUCGACUUCACAGAGGGCGACGUCAUCACAGUAUUCUCACAAUUCGGAGAACCCGUCUACAUCAACAUGGUGCGCGACAAAGAGACGGGCAAGUCAAAGGGCUUUGCGUUCCUCAAGUACGAAGAUCAGCGGAGCACGGAUCUUGCGGUGGACAACCUUGGCGGGGCGACAGUCCUGGGAAGGGUGCUGAGGGUGGAUCACACGAGAUACAAGCGGAAGGAGGGCGAGGAGGAGGUGGACAAUACUGGGUGGAAUCCCAAGGGCCAAGGGAACGGCGAUGUCACUGAGGAUGAAGAAGAUGGUGGGCGCAGGAAGAAGAGGCGGACCGAGAGCGAGAGCGAAGAAGAGCGGCCUUUGUUGAAGGAGGAGAUUGAGUUGGCGAAGCUGGUUAGGGAGCACGAUGAUGAUGAUCCUAUGAAGGCGUAUAUGGUCAAGCAGAAGCGGGAGGAAGUUGAGGAGGCCCUGAAGAAGUACAUGAAGAGCAGGAACAAGGAGAGCAAGCAUAAGCAUCACUCGAAGCGGCAUCGUCGAGACCGAUCGAGAGAUAGGGAGCGAUCAGACCGUCGCAUCAAGGCGGAAUCCGAGGAGGCCGAUUCGCGACGCAAAGAGCGGUCCCGACGAGAUCACUCCAGGGACAGAGAUCGCCGCAUCAAACCUGAGUCCGAAGAGCUUGUUGCAAGACACAGAGAACGUUCUCGACGGGAUCACUCCAGAGACCGCCGCAUCAAGCGGGAAUCGGAAGAGCCAGAUUCACGGCGCAAAGAACACUCUCGACGAGAUCGCUCCAGGGACCGCCGGCGAGAGCGAUCAGGGAGUAGGGACCGGCGUCACAGAGACUAAUAGACAUAGAUACCCAGUUCUGAAAUUCUAUCGGGGAUACGAAACCGUAAACCAGUUCAUACACAC